UUGCGAAUUCAAUAUCCUUUCAAGUCAAUUACCGCCUCUGUUGACUUACCCAUUGUGAUUCGAACUCGGACAUUCCAUUGGCAAAGACCUAUACACCAGAACCUGCAGUGUGACCCAACUUCUAACAGUUUUCAAAGGAUACCUCCAACACUUCUGUCGUCUCUCAAUCAUGAGAAUUUGUCGGCCAAAACUACGCCCGCUGGUGUCAGAGAAACUCCGCAUGCAGCGCCUGUCCCAACCGGUGACCAGCAGCCAAACAAGCAACCUGACGACAAAAAGUUAACUUUGUGGCAAAGAGCAAAGAAGGAAAUCGUACACUAUUAUCAUGGUUUUCGUCUGCUAGGGCUAGAAGUCAGAAUUGCCACUGGAAUAUGUUUCAGGUUGCUCCGUGGCCAUGCGCUGUCACGUCGUGAGCGAAAGCAGCUUGUCCGAACGGUUGCUGAUAUUAUCCGGCUGGUUCCUUUUGCAAUUUUUAUAAUUGUUCCAUUCAUGGAGUUCCUCCUUCCCUUCUACCUCAAGUUUUUCCCUUUCAUGCUACCCAGCACCUUUAAAGAUAAGACCUCUGAGGGUGAAAGAAUUCGACAGCGUUUGAAAGCCAAACUCGAAAUGACUAGAUUUCUCCAAGAAACUCUGCACCACACUACUGGUACCGCUCUUGAAGCUAGCGGUUCACCGACAGUGAAUGAAUUUCAAGAUUUCCUGAAAAAGGUCCAAGAGUCCGGGCAGCCGGCAACGGCUGAAGAAAUUACGCGAUUCUCAAAGCUAUUCGAGGAUCAAGUUACGUUGGAGUCAUUGGAGAUGAAGCAGCUGAAAAUGCUUUGUCAGUUAUUAUCCCUACCUACGAUUGGUCCAAGCAAUCUUCUGCGAUUCCAGAUCUGGCUGCGCGUUCGGCAGUUGAAAGCCGAAGAUCGUCUCAUAGCCAAGGAAGGCGUGGACAAAAUUCCCGUCUGGGAACUUCAAAGUCUGUGUCAAGAACGUGGAAUGCGCUCUGUGGGACUCACUGAGGAACGGCUUCGGUCACAGCUUGCACAGUGGCUCGCUUUGCAUUUGGAGAAGAAUGUUCCUGUCACUCUCUUACUUUUCUCCAGAGCACUGCAUGUGACCCAGGCAUCUUCAGGGGAUCUGCCACUAAAAGAGGCUAUAGCACAACUCCCUCCAUCCGCAUCAGAACAGGCAGCCGCAUUGGCGUUAGAAUCAACACCUCACGCUGAACUAGAUCCACGCGCAAAGAUGGAGUUGCUUCGCAAAGAACAGGCGAGUAUUAAGGCUGCUAGGGUUCAGCGGGAUCAAGAACUAGCUGAACUGAAAUCAACAAGCCAGGCUGAAGGCAAGACUGAACCGACCAUGGACGAGAAGUCGUCCUGGAUACUCCGACUGCAGAGGCGCUGUCUCACAGCUGUACAACAAAGUACCCUAUACUGCGGUCCGAUACACACGAUCCCUAGACCCAACUACAAAUCUUUGGACAAGACACGGAAAUUAGCGAAUGAUCUAGACCUGAGCGUUAGACUGCUUUUUCGUGCUAUCCCCACGGCUUCAACAGCUCCUAAGAACACCGAUACGAAUAAAAUCUCACCCAUCUCGACUUCUGAACCAUCAGUAACUAUUACUGCUCCUGAUGAAAAGCCUGCUGCGGGCACAGCUACACAGAUUUCAGAGGCACCGGCGCCUGUUGCAGCUAGUGGGACAACCGCAGCGGUGGUAGAUAAAACCAAAGAAGAAGAUACGGAAAUAUCUGUGGAUGAUCUCAAUCAAAUUGAAACCGCAAUUUCAGAGUCAUCCGAUGCGCUUCAAGAAGAGGCAUUGGAUGGAUUAAAGGAAGAAGUGGCUGAAACGACAAAGCGAAUCAAACAACAGGAAGCAGCCUUGGUCUCCGUUGAUCGACCUGUGGACAAGCGAACCCGUAAAGCAGCAAAUCGACUCGCUGCUCGCGUUGGUCAAAUGAUUGGAGAAAUGGACACAAUGAUAGAAAAACUGAAUGAUGAGCGUAAACAACUGUUGAAGGACAUUGAGGAGAUUCACUCUGCACAGCGUGAGUCAAUGCUGUCUAAUCCACCUGUUCCUCUUGUAGUCUACGAGCUCUCCUGCAGCGGCGUAGACGUCUACAUCGGCAGGGCAGACAGGUCCCUAGCGGAACGUGCGGCAGAACAUAUUUGGAAGCCGACCACCAACGUGUGGUUGACAUUAACGACAGUUGCGCGAAUUCACGUGAAACACGCCACCGAACCAAGUGAACAGACAGAAAUGCUGGACGCCAUCCAGGCCGACCACCAACGUGUGGUUGACAUUAACGAUUUGCUUCUAGCCCUCCGGCGAAUUCAGAAAGUUCCAGAUGACACCAAGUGGGAAAAGAUCUUGAAGGUAUUAGACGAAGACCAAGAUGGAAAGAUUGAGCUUCAACACGUUUUAUCAGUUGUCGAAUUACUUGGGACGGAAAACGUAAAGCUGAGUUCGAAAGAGGUGAAGCGGGUUUUGGAAAUGGUAGACAACGAGCAUCUGGCUGCAGAAAUGGGGUCUGAUGAGUCGACAGGGGAGCCAACUGAUGAAAAAUCGUCUACGGAGAUACGUAAGUCUGCUGUGAGCGCUGGGACGUUCCACAAAGCUUCUGAGAAACCCAACCAGUCCAACCACAAUGUUGGUACAGAACCCCCUCUGCCAAAGCAGGACAGUCACUUGAAUACCUCUUCUCAGAAAUCUUUGUCAACCAAGCCCGAAUAAUGCUCGGUUUUGUAUCUCCCUCACCACCUCCUACUCAGCACUUCUACCGCAUCGCACAGAAGUGCUACUAAUUCCAUCAUGCUUACUUCUAACUAAACCCUCUUGGUCGGGUCCUGUAACUUCGCCUGAUGCGAAACACAGAACUUCCAAAACCCGUUACAACGGGUCAAUAUGUUCGUUGAGCUGUUUAAGGUUAUGGAGAAUCUGGAACCAGUCUAGUUUAAUUGCAUUCUUUCGGUUUGUCGGUCGACAGCACCCGAGUGCUCCACAAUUGUUUCUCUCUUUGAGUUUAGCUCUUAUGGACGCUUGCAGCCGUCUGGCUUUUCUUGGUGGCCGAACGCCCAGAUGGGGAGGAAGCACCACCCACAUGUAUUUUGAUACUUCUCACUGUUUUUCGCCCGCAUCGUCUUUACUACUGUUGAGUGAUUUUGUUUUAUUAGGUGUGUACCUCCCUCUUAUCUGGGAGAAAUCGAUACAUAUAAUCGAA